GACAAGGAGGACAAGUCCAAGGUGCACAAGCUCGCCCUCAAGGGCAGCGCAAAGCUCGUGGCCGAAUUCUUUCAAUACUCGAUACACACCAUCCUCUUCCAACGAGGUGUCUAUCCAGCAGAAGACUUCUCCGCCGUCAAGAAAUAUGGUCUCAACAUGCUAGUCUCCUCCGACGACCAAGUCCGAGCCUACAUCAAAAAGAUCAUGUCCCAACUAGACCGCUGGAUGCUCCGCGGCAAAAUCUCCAAGCUCGUCAUCGUAAUCACAGACAAGGACACAGGCGAACACGUCGAACGCUGGCAAUUCGACGUCGAAAUCUUUGGCCGCCCCUCAAAGUCCAAAUCCUCAAAGACCUCGUCCUCCAAAUCAUCCUCCUCCUCCUCAAAACCAACAGACCAAGAAAACGCAUCCCCCGCCACCGCAGAGGACGCGACCCCCGAAAAGACGGAACAAGAAAUCCAAUCCGAAAUCGCCGCCAUCUUCCGCCAAAUCACCGCCUCCGUCACGUUCCUCCCCCAGCUCAAUGGAGACUGCACGUUCAACGUCCUCGUGUACGCCGACGCCGACUCCGAGGUGCCCGUCGAGUGGGGCGACAGCGACGCCAAAGAGAUUGUCAACGGCGAGCGCGUCCAGCUGCGUGGGUUCAGCACCAGCAAUCACCGUGUUGACACCCUCGUCAGCUACCGCUUGGCGGAGUAG